CUGUCUCUGUCUGUCUCUCUCUCUCUGUGUCUCUGUCUCUGUCUCUCUCUCUCCGGGGGCUUGAUUUGGGCUUUUCUUUCUGGUCCUCAGAACCUGCUGACGGAGGAACUGGAUCCGGUGGUGCUCUCCUCCAGCUGGGACAACCAAGGCAAGUUCCUGCACCAUUUUGCCCAGGAGGGGGCGCUGCGGCAUCGAAGGCAAGCUGAGAAAGGGAAGCGACUGCGGCCAUGCCGGACAGGAACCAUCUGCGCCGCUCACUAUGAAGUCCAAGCCACCGUAGGACGAGCUGGGAUGCAGGCAGAUGCCAACGGGACCAUCCGCGGGUGGUCGGAAGCGAAGCUCAACGCCACCAACCCCUUGCGCUACGACAACAGCCGCGGCGAGUUCACGGUGAUCAAAAGGGGCCUGUAUUACCUUUAUUGCCAGGUGAGCUUGUAGG